AUGACAAGAGAUUAUUUGAGCAAUAUCUCAAUCUUAGAUAAAGAGUUGCUUAAAAAAACUGAAGGUAUUUAUCUACUUGAGUCUUAUCUCACUUAUACUAGAGGAUCAAAUCAUUAUCCAAUUCCUGAUAAUUAUAUGAGUACCAAAACAUGGCUAAUUACAAUACUAUCAGAAAAUAAUAAACUUAAAGUUUUAAAAGAUUUUGAUUUAAAUGUUAUAUUUACUCCUGAAAGAGCUACUAAAAUUAAAGAAUUGUGGAAUAGUUUUAAUAAUUUAUAUAAUGAUAUACAUAAAUUAAAUAUAUUUGGCAAUCAAUUUCAACAAAAAGCAUACCAAUGGUUAAAACUUUUUUUAACCAAAUCUCAAGGUAAUAUAAACUCUUCAGGAUUUGUUUGUGGACUUUAUUGA